CCGCCCACCUCGGCCUCCCAAAGUACUGGGAUUACAGGCGUGAGCCACCGCGCCUGGCCAUGUGUGUCUCUUUCAUGGUGGCUCCUGAAACAGCAAGGCAGAGGAGUUUUGGUUCCUCACCCUGGCUGAGGUCCCAGUGGCAUGACUUUAGGGUCCAGGGUGGAUAAGGGAGGCUGUGGAGUCCAGAUUGAGUAAAACCAGAGGGUGAGGAAUUGGUAGUGUUGGAGCUGAAAAGCAGGUGCAGUAGGAAGUGACUGUGCCUCAAAAAAACACUUGUCCUUCCCGCCGUCUCACUCUGCUGCCCACACUGGAGUGCAGUAGCACGAUAUCGGAUCACUGCAACCUACACUUCUGGGGUUCAAGCGAUUCUCAUGCCUUGGCCUCCAGAGCAGCUGGGACUACAGGUAUGUGCCACCACGCCUGGCCGAUUUUUGGAUUUUUAGUAGAGAAGGGAUUUCACCAUGUUGACCAUGCUGGUCUCAAACUCCUGACCUCAAGUGAUCCGCCCACCUCGACCCCUCAAAAUUCUGAGAUUACAGGCAUGAGCCACUGCACCCGGCCUGGUAGGACAGGUUUUGGAUAUGGAGCUGAACGUGAUUUAUUUUAUAAGACAGAGUCUCUGUCGCCCAGGCUGGAGUGCUGUGGCUCUCUCAGCUCACUGCAACCUCUGCCUCGCCGGCUCACUCAAGCAGAAUGUGGUUUUAAGGCUUGGCUGUGGGCCGGGUGCGGUGGCUCACGCCUGUAAUCCCAGCACUUUGGGAGGCUGAGGCGGGCGGAUCACGAGGUCAGGAGAUCGAGACCAUCCUGGCUAACACGGUGAAACCCUGUCUCUACUAAAAAUACGUAAAAUUAGCCGGGCAUGGUGGCGGACGUCUGUAGUCCCAGCUCCUCGGGAGGCUGAGGCAGGAGAAUGGCGUGAACCCGGGAGGCGGAGCUUGCAGUGAUCCGAGAUCCUGCCACUGCACUCCAGCCUGGGCAACAUAGCCAGACUCCGUCUCAAAAAAAAAAAAAAAAAAAAAGAAGGCUUGGCUGUGGAGCUUCACAUACAGAAUGACCUUUGUUUACAGGGGUGUGUCCCCAGCCAACAGUAAGUAGACAGGGCUGAAAGAGCAUAGGCUAUGGAACCAGGAAGACCUGGGUUUGAAUCCUACUUCUGCCGUCUAUUAACAUGUAUCUUUGCACAAAUUACUUAUCCUCUCUGAGUUUCUGUGUUCUCAUCCAUAGAAUGGGGCUGUGGUGGGGAUUUAGAAUCAAAGGCAUAUAUUUUAGUUGAGACAGGGUCUCACUCUGUUGCCCAGGCUGGAAUGCAGUGGCGUGAUCACGGCUCACUGGGGCCUCGACCUCCCUGGGCUCAGGUAAUCCUCCCACCUCAGCCUCCUGAGUAGCUGGGACUACAGGUGUGCACCACUAAGCCAGCUAAUUUUUGUAUUUUUUGUAGAGAUGGGGUUUUGCCAUGUUGCCCAGGCUGGUCUUGAACUCCUGGACUUGUGAUCUUCCCGCCUCAGCCUCCCAAAAUGUCUUUUUUUUUUUUUUUUCCCUUUUUCUGGAGAACGGGGUCUCGCUAUAUUGCCCAGGCAGAUCUCGAACUCCUGGGCUCAAGCUAUCCUCCCGCCUCUUGCCUCUCUGAGAGCUGGGAUUACAGGCGUGAGCCACCGUGCCCAGCCCAGACUCCCAAAAUGAUGGGAUUACAGAUUUAUGUCAUUUCAUUGGUGGAUGUUGAAAACAUGGAAGUUGAUGAAGUUAUCCAGGACAUGCUUUUGUAGAGCCUUCUGAGGAGGUGACCAAGUCAGAACUCUUGUAAUCACCAAUUUAAGGCAUACAACAAAACAAGAGGAGACAGCAAAGGAGACAGGGAAGAACUAAAGAGCUGGUUAGAGAAGGAAGAGAAAGAUGAGGUCUGCCAUGGAAGCCCAAGGAACAGUUUGCAGAAGAAGGAGAUUCAUUGGUCAACAGGGUCAAGUGAGGCCGGGCGCAGUGGCUCACGCCUGUAAUCCCAACACUUUGGGAGGCCGAGGGUGGAUCACAAGGUCAGGAGUUCGAGACCAGCCUGUCCAACAUGAUGAAACCCCGUCUCUACUAAAAAUACAAAAAUUAGCCAGGUGUGGUGGCGUGCACCUGUAAUCCCAGCUACUCAGGAGGCUGAGGCAGGAGAAUUGCUUGAACCCGGGAGGCGGAGGGUGCAGUGAGCCGAGAUCCCACCACUGCACUCCAGCCUGGGCGACAGAGCGAGACUCAAUCUCAAAACAAAACAAAGAAAAACAAAAAACAAAACAAAACAAAAAACAGGGUCAAAUGAGAUAAGAAGCCCACUGGAUUUGGCUACUGGGAAACUGCUGGUGGCCUUUGCCAAAGCUAUUCAGAUUGGGGGGCGGAUGGCUGCCAUGUUGCAGGUGGCUGGAAGAGAAGAAAGAAGUGAAGACACGGAGCUCAUUGAAGGUGACUGCAAGGAGCCUGACAAGUGCUGCUGGAGACACAAGCAGUGCACUGGGCACAUCAUCUACCCUUUCGCCUCUGACUGUGUCCGCCACAGCCUGUACCUACACUCUGUCAACCACUGCAACUGUAAUUCUAGGCUGAAGGACUGUUCAGAGGAUAGCAGCAGCUCCCGGGGCGCGGGCCCAACCUGCUCCCAUGUCAUCGAGUCCCCUUGCUUUGAGCUCACACCGGAGGAGGAGCAUGUGGAGCGAUUCCAGUAUGGCUGGUGCAAAAGCUACAGACCUGUCUCUGUGGCAGUGAUCCACCAUCCACUCUACCAUGAGUGUGGGGCAGAUGAUCUAAAUGAAGAAGAGGAAGAGGAGGAGGAGGAAAGCAAGCCCCCCAUCCGGACGCAGGUGGGGCCCGCCACCGCCUCCCCUGACCUAGGCACCAGCAUGGCCACUGGUACCCCUGACUCCACAGCGCCCAUCACCAUCUGGCGCUCUGAGAGCCCCACAGGGAAGGGUCAGGGCAGCAAGGUGAUCAAGAAGGUAAAGAAAAAGGAAAAAGAGAAAGACAAGGAGGAGAUGGAUGAGAAGGCAAAGCUGAAGAAAAAAGCCAAGAAAGGCCAGUUGACUAAGAAGAAAAGCCCGGUUAAAUUGGAGCCUUCCCCGCCAGACGUGAGCCGAUCAUUAAGCCCAAGACAGCUGGCCAGGAUGUCCGAGUCCAGCCCAGAAAGCCGGGAAGAGCUGGAGAGCGAGGACAGUUACAAUGGCUGGGGGCAGGGAGAACUGUCCAGCGAGGAUAUUGUGGAAUCAUCAUCGCCCAGGAAGAGAGAGAAGAACACAGUCCAGGCCAAAAAGACAGGGGCAAAGCCCUCACAAGCCAGGAAGGUAAACAAGAGAAAAUCUCCCCCAGGAUCAAACCCCAACCUCAGUUGAGGCCAGGGUGGUCAGGGUGCAGAAUAAAUGCCAUUGAGCCUGUG